CCCAGGAAAGAUCACAAGCGCUUGCUCUAGCUAUCUCUCUUUGUUUACCAUGCCUUCUCCAGUGCAACCUGGUCUAAGUGAUUUAGAAGUUGAAUAUGACUCGGCAUAUUUGCAAAGUCAAAAUAAGCCCAUAACCAGGGGGCCACUAGAGAUGGAAACUGUGCCAAGGCCAAGACCUAGAGAAGUUUUAGGUGGUGUAGAUAAGGAGGGUGGUAUUUUCUUGACAUGGGAGGAUUUGUCCGUGACUGCUUCCAAUGGAAAAGGUGGCAGCAGACUGCUCCUUCAAGGGCUUACUGGUUUUGCCAGGCCGGGCGAAGUCUUGGCUAUAAUGGGUCCUUCUGGUUGCGGCAAGUCCACUCUUCUUGAUGCAUUAGCAGGAAGAUUGGGAUCCAACAUAAGUCAGAGUGGAAUGGUACUUGUUAAUGGCCAUCAACAGACACUAGCUUAUGGAACAUCGGCAUAUGUGACUCAAGAUGACACAUUGAUUACCACUUUAACGGUUGGAGAAGCCGUGUGCUACUCUGCUCUGCUCCAGUUGCCAGACUCCAUGUCCAAAUCAGAGAAGAAGGAGAGAGCAGACAUGACCAUAAGAGAGAUGGGCCUGCAAGAUGCCGUAAACACAAGAAUAGGAGGGUGGGGUGUUAAGGGCAUUAGCGGUGGACAAAAGAGGAGAGUCAGCAUAUGCAUAGAGAUCCUAACACACCCCAAGCUUCUCUUCCUUGAUGAACCGACAAGCGGGCUUGAUAGUGCUGCUUCAUACUAUGUCAUGAGCAGAAUCACAGGCCUUGAUCGACAACAUGGAAGGACUAUCAUAACAUCUAUUCACCAGCCCAGCUGUGAGGUCUUUGCACUCUUCGACAAUCUUUGUCUUCUGUCUUCAGGUAGAACAGUAUACUUUGGUCCAGCUCAUGCGGCAGAUGAGUUCUUCUCUUCAAAUGGUUUCCCUUGCCCAACUCAUCAAAACCCAUCAGAUCACUUCCUCAAAACAAUAAACAAAGAUUUUGAACAGGACAUUGAACAAGGUUUUGGGGGAAAGAAAUCGAAAGAGGAAGCAAUUGAUAUUCUUACAAAGGCGUACAAAUCAUCUGGUAAUUUCCAGCAAGUUCAAUCACAGGUUGCUAAGAUACAUAAAAAGGAAGGUGGAGCCUUGAAGAAGAGAAGCCAUGCUAGCUUCCUUAACCAGUGUCUUGUUCUUACAAGAAGAUCUUUCGUGAACAUGUACCGAGAUUUAGGCUACUACUGGUUGCGCCUAGCAGUCUAUAUCGCAUUGACUAUAGCCCUGGGCACCAUUUUUUAUAACGUUGGCCAUAGUAACAGUUCCAUUAAGGAUCGAGGUGCAAUGCUCAUGUAUGUAGCUUCAUUCUUAACUUUCAUGACUAUUGGUGGAUUCCCUUCUUUUGUGGAAGACAUGAAGGUAUCGUUUUUCUUUUUCCUUUUCGUAGUCCUCCAUCGUGUUUUAAUCAAUUCAACGCAGAUCUGUGACACACUUCUCUUACUAAGUAUAAGAUUUUUCUGGAAUGAAUUUUUUUCCCCCAUAUUAAUCCAGGUUUUUGGGCGCGAGAGAUUAAAUGGGCAUUAUGGGUCGAGUGCAUUUGUUGUUGGAAACACACUUUCUUCAAUACCAUACUUGCUAGUGAUUUCUCUGAUCCCGGGCGCAAUUGCUUAUUACCUAACUGGACUUCAGAAAGGAUGUGAACACUCCAUUUACUAUGCUUUGGUGCUUUUCACUUGUAUGAUAUUGGUUGAAGGCCUUAUGAUGAUUGUGGCGAGUAUAGUCCCCAAUUUCCUCAUGGGUAUAAUAACAGGUGCUGGAAUUCAAGGGCUACUGAUGCUGAGUGGUGGGUUUUUCCGAUUGCCGGAUGAUUUUCCAAAACCAUUUUGGAGAUACCCAUUAUACUACCUGUCGUUCAACAAGUAUGCUUACCAAGGGCUGUACAAGAAUGAGUUCCAAGGACUAAAAUUUCCUAAUGAUGAAGCUGGAGGGCCACCCAUCAUUUCUGGUGAAGAAAUUUUGAGAAAGAGAUGGCAAGUCGAAAUGGUUUACUCGAAGUGGAUUGAUCUUGCCAUCUUGCUGGGAAUGGCAGUUUUAUAUCGACUUCUGUUCUUGAUUACUAUCAAGACAACCGAAAAGGUAAUCCCACUUGUCAAGGCUUUGGUGUCAAGACCGAGCAAGCGAUCAAAGCAGGUAAUGGCAAAUCUCUCUGCAACACCUUCUGCUACACCUUUGCAUGGAGCGAACCCAUAGCCUAAUAGUGAUGCAUAUUGCAUUUAUGGUAUAUUUGAAAGCAAUGGUGAUCAAUGUACUUCGAAGACUAGAUAUAUUCUACUGAAAAUGGAGUUCAUAUGAGAAGUUUCUGGUAAAAAUUAAGGAAAAUAAAUGAUAUGGAAAAUAACUUUCUUA